ACUUCUUGGCAUCUUUCCGCCAAGAUUGAGCGAGCCCUCUGUCUUAGACUUCUCUGAUUCUCAGCCCAGAUUGACCCUGUCAGGCACAGCUAUAAUUUUUGCUAAAUACCAAAGAUGGCAGCAAGUGCACUUUCCAUGUUGGCACUUCCCGAAUCCUUCACUGUCACAGAGCUCCUUCUGGCCUCUGCUGUCUUCUGCCUGGUCUUCUGGAUCAUUGAAUCUUACCCACAAAGGGUACCCAAAGGACUAAAGAGCCCACCUGGACCCUGGGCUUGGCCUCUGAUUGGCAACAUGUUGACUCUGGGGAAGAAUCCCCACAUUGCCCUGACCCAACUGAGAGAGAAGUAUGGGGAUGUGAUGCAGAUUCAGAUUGGCUCCACCCCAGUGCUUGUGCUGAGUGGCCUGGAAACGAUCAGGCAGGCCCUGGUGAAGCAGGGGGAUGACUUUAAAGGCCGACCUGAUCUUUACACCUUCUCCUUAAUUUCCAAUGGCAAGUCCUUUACUUUUACUGCUGAUUCAGGGGAAGUCUGGGCAGCUCAAAGGAAGCUGGCCCAGAGUGCCCUGAAGACCUUCUCUGUGUCCUCCUCCCCGUCCUCUUCCUCCUGCUACCUGGAGGAGCAUGUGCACAAAGAGGCUGAAUACUUGAUCCAGAAGUUCCUGGAGCAGAAGGGGCACUUUGACCCCUUCAGAUAUGUGGUGAUGUCUGUGGCCAAUGUCAUCUGUGCCAUUUGCUUCGGAACGCGCUACGACCAUGAAAACCAAGAACUACUUAGUAUUGUCACUCUGAGUAGUAAGUUUAGUGAUGUCAUUGCCUCUGGGAAUCUGGUUGAUUUCAUCCCUGUCCUGCGAUACCUGCCGAGUAGCAACAUACCAGCCUUCAGGGACUUGAAUGAGAAAAUGACUAACUUCAUUCAAAAGUUGGUGAAAGAACAUUACAAGAAGUUUGAAAAGGGCUGCAUUCGGGACAUCACAGACAGCCUAAUUGAACAUUGCCAGGAAGAGAAGUUGGAUGAGAAUGCUAAUGUCCUGCUGUCAGAAAAGAAGACUGUGAACACUGUCAUGGACAUUUUUGGAGCUGGCUUUGACACUGUCACCACGGCCAUCUCCUGGAGCCUCAUGUACCUUGUGACAAAGCCUGAGAUACAGAAGAAGAUCCAAGAGGAGCUGGACACUGUGAUUGGCAGAGAGCGGUGGCCCAACCUCUCAGACAAACCUCACCUCCCCUACAUGGAGGCCUUCAUCCUGGAAACUUUCAGGCACUCUUCUUUCCUCCCCUUUACUAUCCCCCACAGCACAACCAGAGCCACGACUCUGAACAACUUCUACAUUCCCAAGGGACGCUAUGUCUUUGUGAACCAAUGGCAGAUUAACCACGACCAGAAAAUAUGGGGGGACCCAUCAGUGUUCCGGCCAGAGCGAUUCCUCAGUGCAGAUGGAACUAUCAACAAAGCCCUGAGUGAGAAGGUGAUUAUGUUUGGCCUGGGGAAAAGGAAGUGCAUUGGAGAGACUAUUGGCCGGUGGCAAGUCUUCCUCUUCCUGGCCAUCCUGCUGCAUCAGAUGGAGUUCAGUGUCCCCUCUGGAGUGAAGGUGGACUUGACCCCAAUCUACGGCUUGACCAUGAAGCAUGCCUGCUGUGAGCACUUUCAGGCUAAGCUGCGCUCCUAAAGGCUCCAGGAUAUGAUGCUGUGGUUUUCCCUGGCCCGCCCCAAUGGACCAGAGGGAGGCUUCAGGGUGAAGCCGAUGAACACUUGCCCAAUUCUGGUGUUCUGACUGCUGGCACCCUGAUGUUAUCGCUUAGAGAGGGGCUGCUUCAUCCUCCAAUCCCUGGCAUUCCUCCUGGCUUCCAGGAGCCUACCCUCUCUGAAUACAUAAGCUUGAUACCCCACUAA